AUGUCAAAACCUGUCAAAACAGGAAACAGACCUCCCAAGGUUUUGGUAUCUGCAAGAAAAACUGAGGUGGAAAAACCAUCAGAGCUUGCCCUGUCCUGUCCUUUACAUAAGACAAAACACACGCUCAACAAAUGUAGAGGUUUCAGAUCGAAGCCUAUAGAGGAAAGGAAGAAGUUUCUUCGUGAGAACUCUCUCUGCUUUAGGUGCUGUGGCACUGGAAAACAUUUGGCCAAGGAUUGUGAUGUAUCCAUAAAAUGUGAAAUUUGCAACAGUAACCGACAUCCGUCAGCUCUACACAUUACAACUCCUCUUAGCAAGUCAUCAGUUCCAGAUAAAGAACAGGCUAAAACAACUCCUACAAACCCUGUUAAUUCAACAUGUACACAGGUGUGCAAGAAUCCCUUGGGCAUGAGUAAAUCCUGCGCGAAGACUGUCCUUGCGAAAGUGUACCCUACUGGCCAGCCAGACCAAGCUCUCAGACUCUAUGCCAUCAUUGAUGAUCAGAGUAACCAAACGCUUGCUAGGACUAGUUUCUUUGACUACUUUGGCGAAGAAGGCAACCACACCGAGUAUACGCUAUCCUCAUGUUCAGGCUACAUUUCAGCUUCAGGAAGAAAAGCAAGAGGAUAUGUUGUUGAGUCUCUUGAUGGCACAACGGCUAUUGAUCUACCAGAUUUGAUUGAGUGUGACAUGAUACCAGAUGCCCGGGAUGAGAUACCGACUCCGGAGGCUGCCUUUCAUCACCCCCAUUUACGUGAGAUAGCAGAUUACCUUCCGGCAUUAGAUCCUAAAGCCGAUAUUAUGAUGAUCAUAGGGCGAGACCUUCCCACUGCACACCAUGUGGAAGACCAGAAGAUUGGUCCACCUGAUGGGCCUUAUGGGCAAAGACUCAAACUUGGAUGGGUAAUUAUUGGUGAAGUCUGUCUUGGAAGUGUUCAUCAGACACCUUUCGUCACUAGCAACAAGACUUACACCCUGAGAAAUGGACGUCCUUCCUUGAUGGAGCCCUGUCCUAAUUGCUUUGAGGUAAAGGCGGAUAGCCCAGAGCCCUGUUUCCCUGUCUACCUCAAAGGACCAAACGAUGAUGUGCCAGGCUUCUCAGUGGAGGACAAGGAGUUUCUUCAUAUAAUGGAUUCCUGCAUGAAAAAGAAUUCAGAGGGAAACUGGUCAGCGCCCCUUCCAUUCAAGCCAGAUCAACCUAGACUUCCUGACAACAGAUCUCAGGCCUUACAAAGAGCAAUGUCCUUGGACAGGAGUCUACACAGAGACGCUGUAAAGCGUGCUCACAUGACUGAGUUUAUGGCCAAGAUAUUGAACAAAGGGCAUGCCGAAGUCGCUCCUCCUCUGAAGGAUGGUGAAGAACGUUGGUACCUUCCUCUCUUCGGCAUAUACCACCCCAAAAAGCCUGAUAAGAUAAGAGCAGUAUUUGACUCAUCUGCUCGAUGUAAUGGCAUCUCGCUCACCAGCGUACUUAUGACAGGGCCAGACUUAGUCAACAGUUUACUUGGUGUACUUUUGAGGUUCCACACCCAGCCUGUAGCCAUUACAGGUGACGUCGAGCAGAUGUUCUACUGUUUCAAGGUGGAUAAAUCACAUCGGAAUUUUCUCCGGUUCUUCUGGCAUGAAGACAAUAACACGUUAAAACAGCUUAUCGAAUACCGUAUGACAGCACAUGUCUUUGGGAAUUCGCCAUCACCUGCAGUGGCCACUUAUGGUCUCAGAAAAGCUGUCGAGGGAGCGGAUGCUGAUGUGAAGGAAUUUGUUCAUCGUAACUUCUAUGUCGAUGAUGGUCUGACGUCGACUUAUGACGCCGAUACAGCUGUGUCCUUGAUGAAACGCACUCAGCAUACAUUACGAACAAAUGGUAAUAUAAGACUUCACAAGGUCGCAUCCAACAGGAGAGAUGUGCUUGAGGCUUUCGGUCCAGACGAGCUUGCGGGAGAUAUCAAGAACUUGAACAUGAGCGUCGACUCCCAACCUGUACAGAGAAGUCUAGGUCUCUCCUGGAACCUAGCAGGGGACUUCUUUACAUUCAACUCACAUCUUGAGGAUAAGCCAUAUACCCGACGUGGGAUCUUAGCAACGAUAAACGGUCUAUAUGAUCCACUCGGCUUUGCAGCUCCUGUUGUCCUCAAAGGGAAGCUGCUCUUUAGGGAUCUCAUUUCAUCAACAUUGGGUUGGGACGAUCCGCUUCCUGAAGACAGUCGACGUGACUGGGAGUUGUGGAAAAGGUCCCUGAAGGAGUUAAACUACUGUAAGGUCCGUAGGUCAUACUGUGAGUUACGACUUCAUCAAGGAAUGAAACAAUGUCUGCACGUAUUUUUCGAUGCGUCCAAGGACGCCAUUGCAGCAGUAGCGUAUUUUAAGAUCACGGAAGACGAUGGAAACUCUCACGUCUGCUUUGUUCUAGGAAAGGCCAAAGUAGCCCCUCAUCAUGGGCAUACUAUUCCACGAUUAGAACUUUGUUCCGCUGUCCUUGCUACAGAGCUUGGACAGAUCAUCGCUGAUCAAUUAGAUGUCAACCCAGCAGAUAUCCGUUACCACUCUGAUAGCAAUGUCGUCCUCGGCUACAGAGGGGAGCGCGGGAACUGGAAAACUUUCGAAUCUGGAGAGAGCAAAACGAGUCAUACUUAG